AUGGAAGGCUUGGCAUUUGCGGCCCUGAGAAAUAUGGAGGACUUAAAUCCCCACGAUUUAUCAGGUACGGCUUGGGCCUUUGCCACUCUGAGUUAUUCACAAACUGAGCUGCUGCAAGCCAUAUCUCAGGCGUCGAUUCAGCGACUCUCGGAGUUUAAUUCACAGGACUUGGCGAACACGGCGUGGUCGUUUGCCACCUGUGACUUUGAGAGUCGUCAGGACGGUGAUAAAGGCGAUGGUGCAAUGUCCUCUGAAGUCAUGGUGAAGCUGCCUGAAUUCGCACCGCAGGGCCUAGCUACGACGGCCUGGGCGUAUUCCAACUCAAAGACCAAAAAUCGCACACUGCUGGAGGCGAUUUCCAAGGAAGUCAUGCAGAAACUCUACGAAAUCGAACCGCAAUCGUUGGGUAUUUUGGCAGAUGCCAAGCUUGGCUGUCAAAGACACAUUGAGCAGGCACUCAGACCUUUUGCUCAAAAGUUUGCGGAACUUUUGCCCAAACCAUCAACUCCAACAACUCAUGAAACAGGUUGGAUCUCAGUUGACGAUGCCUCAAUGAAAAUCUUCACGGAUUUUGUUCGGGAAGUGCGAGUCGAUAACUUCGGUGCCUGGGGGACGCGUCACAUUUUGGAGCAAAUGCGUUUGGAAGAGCCGGCCUCGGAGUUCAUUUCACGGGCCAAAGAUGCCAUUCUGAAAGAAGGUGAAACUGAAGAGCUAGGCCAGGGCCAAAGAGAAGGUGUGCUGGCUGGUGCGGCCUUGGUUCACCGCCGUGUUUUCGCCUACGUCGAAUACCAUUUGGAACUUCCCGGAUGUACGCCGCUGAGCGGUGCCAUGGCACGGGAAAAUGGCCGACGCGAUCGAGGCUAUGAUCCCAAAUAUCCCUUGAUCCGACCCUUGGCUUCGCCCAUCUCUGGAUUGGUGGAUCGCGGCCUGUGCAGCGAAUUUCAGAUCUUGGCCAAGUUGGUAGAUACCGUCGAAGAUACGUUGACACAACAAGGUGCCGUGGAAGAUGAGGUGAUCCAAGGAGGUCUUUCACCUUCGCAGGCCACUGGCAAUCGAAGGGCAACUUUCGCAAACAACUACGAUUCGGAGGGCAUGUCGGAGAAAAAACUCCUGUCGUGUCAUUCGAUGCCUCCAGAGACGUCCAAGCCCAGCAUUCCUAGCAUGUCGCGUCAAUCUGGUCCCCCUCCAAGUCCACGUGGAGCUGCGCCUGGAGUGACCAGCGGUGUCAGAAGGAAUCAGAACCAGGGGAGACAAAAGACGGCCAACAACCUCUUCAUCGAUGCGGAAGACAUGAAGGCCAAAGUAAGAGCUGCCAUUGGACAGCCCGAGUACAAUGUGAUCGACUUCUAUAAGACCAGUGGCCGUUGUCAACAACUGGCACGAAAGAAGUCCUUCGAAAAUAUCACCCUUGGAGUUAUCAUGUUCAAUGCAAUCUGGCUUGCCAUCGAUACAGACUUCAACAAGCCCUCAGAGGGUGCGACGGAUCCAGUCUUUAUCGUUGCCGAACAUGUCUUUUGCACCUACUUCUUCUUGGAAUGGUGGAUUCGCUUUGGGGCCUUUGAAAGUAAGCGCAACUGUCUCCGAGACUUUUGGUUGCUCUUUGAUGGUUUCCUGAUGUUCGUCACCGUCUUUGAGACUUGGCUCAUGCAGCUGUUCCUGCUGGCUGCGGGCACAACGGAUGGCGGAAGGUCGGACCACACCGGCAUGAUCCGGCUGGUGCGCCUGUUGCGGAUCGUGCGCAUUGCACGAAUUGCCAGGGUGCUGCACCAUGUGCCUGAAUUGCUGAUCCUGGUGAGAGCCAUGGUUGUGGCAAUGCGUGCCGUAUUUUUCUCAGUGAUUCUCUUGGUCCUGGUGCUCUACGUCUUUGGCAUCGCCUUUACGCAACUUGCACGAGACAAUCCCACAGCAGAGGUGCAUUUUGCCAACAUUUCCGACUCGAUGACAACGCUUCUGUUGAACGGAAUCUUCUUGGACAGUGUCUCAGAUGUGGUGAGGGAAAUUGGAAAAGACAACCUGCUGCUUUCCUCUUUGUUCAUCGGGUUCAUUCUCGUGGCAACGCUGACUGUGAUGAACAUGUUGGUCGGCAUCUUGGUGGAGGUGAUCAGCGUCAUUGCAUCCGUGGAGAAGGAGCAGUUGCUGGUGAGCAAAGUGCAAAGUAAAUUGGAAGAGGUCAUGGAUUUGGUUUCCCUGUCGCCUGAAAAUGAUUUGACCCAGUGGGAGUUUGUGAAACUCAUCCAGCAACCAGAAGCAGCUCGAGUGCUACAAGAUGUGGGUGUGGAUGUGGUUGGACUCUUUGAUUUCGUGGGAGUGAUCUUUCCAACCAUCGAUGCUACCUUGACCUUCCAAGAUCUCAUGCAGGUGGUUCUGUCCCUCCGUGGCAACAACACUGCCACUGUGACUUGGCCAUGGCCAAAAAGUUAUGAGCAAAGUUGGAUGCACCUGUGUCGAAGUUGGAUGUUGGAUGGGAUUUGUUCAAAGAAAUCAUGCGCACUAGCGGUGACCCAUUUUGAUCAAAUUUUUGUGUGUCCACGCGGAAUCCGGCUUUUUGCACCAAGAGGUGCUGAUUAUCUCAUUAUACCGGACGAUACCAGAACAGAUUUCAUUGCUUAA